AUGUCAUUCAGACGACGUCUCGUUACUCCCUCAAAGACUGUGCAAGAAUUCCUCGAACACCAUCCAGAAGUUCAAACCAGCUCUGAAGCAAAAGCACAGCUCGACGCAUUCCAUCAAGACGACACGUUUUGCAUAGUAACAAAGAUCUUUAACAACACAAUACUACACCAAGAGUACGACGGAGAUUCCAGGAAACGCAUUUUUGCUUUUGCUUACGUGGAUGAUCCCGAGGCUCUGGCUUGGUACGAGGAAAACAGGCAGGAUGACAUUGAUAGUGGGACUUGUGAUUGCGCAGUUGGGGCGAUGGAGGGAUAUGAUCAUUGCCUGCAUGACAGCGUGGUUGAAGUGAAAAAGGCGGAAUGUGAAAAGCACAAAGACGCUGAAGAGCCAGAUCCAGACUGUCCGGCUUGUUGGCCGGUCUUGUGUGGAAGCAACUGCCAAUGGUAG